AUGCAAGAUGCGACGGGAUCCAAGUCACCCGCCGCCGCUUGGGUGGCUGUGGCGGCCUCGGCAAUGCAGGAAGCGAGUUUCCAAGCUCGCAAGCUUAUGCGAGAACCCACGCUUGAAGAGCGCUUGGAGCCCCAGGGGCCCUCACUUCGUUGGACUCAACCAUUUCAGGGUGUGUUCGUGCCUGAAAAUGCGACCGAGCUGCCAAUCGAGAUCCCAACUCACCGAGUCUAUCGAAGACCACCCCUUGCAAUAACUUGGUCCGCCACCACAACGAAAGGCGAUGCCCCCAACGCGACGAACAUAGCAAAGGACAACCCUAAGUCUGCGUCUCCACAGGACAAGAGCACAAGAGGAUCAAAGGCCACGGGAGAUGGUCCCCAGGAUACCAGCAGCAUAGAGCACCCGACUGAACAAGGCAGUGUGCACGGUGGUCGAGACGAAGCUCAGGACGCGGAUUCGGUUAAAAGGGAUCCCAAGAAGCCUGCAGAGCAGAAGAGGCGCGAGGUUGAAAAACAAGGACAGAAGCCCUUGGAUCCUGCAGACAAGUGA